UUUUAUACUAUAUACACGCAUAACAUACUGUGCAUCGCGAGUAUCGCGACUGGUGUUUGAUGUAUACUGGUAUAUGGAAUACCAUGUAACGCUCGUAUGUUCAAUUAGACACUGUGCACCACGGCUCUCGAUUUUUUUGAAAAGCCACAGAAUAAAGGAUGAGUGGAGUGUCGUGAUAAGAAGACAAAAAGUGAUACAGAGAAAAGAACUAGAAGAAGAUGGACAACGAGGAGAAGCGGAGGAGUCGCGCCUUGGAGGCUGGCAGGGAAAUGUUGGAGGCUUAUAAAUUAAAACAUUCCAACAGAAGAUUUAGUAAAAGUCUUGAACAGGCUUCAGAUGAGGAAUCUUUCCGCAAUGAAGCAGAAAAUCAAUCUAUUGAUUUGAGAAGUGUCAGCAAUAAUGAAAGUAUAUUAUCAAGAGACAUAACAUACAGUAGUGUAAGCAUGAGUGAAGGUGAAGGUGAUGGCGACUUAGAGGGGUUGGCUGGAAGAGUUACUGAGUUGGAGGAAUUACUUCAAGGAAAAGAAGCUGUAGUGGAAGCUCUACAUGCUGAAAUUGACCACCUCAGAGCUGAUGCAUCUUCUCCAACGUCAUCACACAGUCAAAAUAGUAACAAUCCUUACAAAGACGUCAUAGUAACCUAUCGUGCAAAACUUCAAGAAUUUGAUAGAGCCUUAAAUCAACGAGAUAAUUUAAUUGAAGAUCUUACAACCUCGUUACAACAGGCUUUAGCCUCAAGAGAUGCUUUACUCGCACAAAUAAGUGUAUUAAAUUCAACACAACUAGGAAAUCCUGAUAGGGAAAACAUUUGUGAUGAAAAGAUUUCUGCAUUAGAAAAUGUCUUGAGCAUUCAAAAAGAAUUGGUUACUCAACUUUCUUCCCAACUCGAGCAGGCCGAACAGAAUGUUAAGAGAUUGGAGCAUGAAAAAGAAGUCCAAAAUACAGAAUUGGUUGAUUACAAAGAUCAAAUAGAAAAUUUAAACAAAAAGAUUCAAUCAGGUUCUACAGAAAUUGACAACAGUAUCUCUGAUGCACAGCAAGUACAAAAACAGUAUGAAAAAAUUAAAAAAGAUAUGGAAGCAGUAAUUAAUGGAUUCAAGGCUGAGACUAGUGCUAAUAAUGCUAAGCAUGCAAGUGAAAUAAAGGAGCUUAGUUUGAGGCACGAGGCUGAGCUACAGAAGCUUAGAGACGAGAACCACAAUCUCGAGACUCACCAUGCUAAAGAAAUGUCUGUUUUUCAAACACAAUUGACAAACUAUAAACGCACCAUCGAGUCUCUUAAAUUGGAUCUUGUCACUCGUAAGGAAACCCAUGCUAAGGAUAAAGAGCUGCUUACCGAACAGAUCAAACUUCAUAAAUUACAACUCGACGAGAUGACAACCAAGUACAUUGCAACCACUAGCGUUUUGGAUUCUAAAGAGAGCAUUGAACGAUCAUUGGAACAAGCGCUAAAUGAUGCAGCCACGCUUAGAACGGAAAACGAGUCACUCAAGUUCAAGCUAGAUGAUCUAUCUUCGAGAUACUCGGCCGCUCAGAGCUUGAUUGAAAAUAAUCAAGUGCAUGAAAGAACGUUGAGUAAUAAGAUUUUCACACUCGAAAAAUCUCUAUCGAGGCUGAGUGGCAUUAGUUUUGCAGAGUUAGAUCAAACAGCUUAUCAGACUUUAGAUGAAAUGUCAUUGCAGUAUCAAAUAACCAAGCAGAAAUUAGAGGAAAAAGCAGUAAUGGAAAAAGAGCUCGUUCAGAAAAUCCAAGAUCUCCAAGACCUUGUCUCCAAAACUAGAACUGAGCUCGAAUCCGCAAAUCUUGCCAAAGAAAGCUAUGAAAAGCAAAUCAAAGACAUGAAAAACACUUGUGAUCGCCUUAAAUCCGAAAUGAAUUCUACUCUUGAACAUCAGCAGCAGCGAUUCUCUGCCGACAGUCUUGAAGUAACGCGUAUGCCUAGUUGCGAAUUUGAACAAGAGAUCCUUGAGUUGAAGAAGACCAUUGAAAAACGGGAUGAGGAAACCGCUGAAUACAUCAAAAAGUUGGAAGAACUUGGAGGAAUCAAUCAGAGGCUUGUAGAGGAAAGCCAAAAGUUAAAGAAUGGUUUAGCCACAGCUUACGCUCAAUGCGCUGUUUUCGAGGAGAAAUUGGACCAAACGUUAGGUUUCGGCGAAAGCAAACUUGACGAUACGUCGGCGUUAAUGGAUCAGACUGCUUCUUCGAACGGCUCAACCUUUGAUCUAGAAGAAGUUUUGCAUAAACAGAGUAACUAUAAUAAGGUGCUAUUAAAACUGGACUCCUGUAGAAAACAACUGGAGGAUUUUGAACGUGAAAGGGCACAAAUGCUACAUAAACUUGAGGAACUUACUAAAGAAAAAGAGGAUAUUUUAAAAGAAAAAGAAGAACUAUUGGUUGAUGCAAAGGAAAAAGAAGAACAGCACCGCGAAGAAAUUAAAAUUUUAAAGAUGGAAGCUACGGCAGAGUCUAAGAAAUUCAGACAUUUACUUUCAAACUUUGAAGAAGGCAAUGAAGGAUUAAAGCAACUUAAAAUAGAAAUGGAGGAGAAACACGCCAAGGAGAUGGAAGAGCUCAGAACAUACUUCGAGCAAAAAUGUCUACAAAUGGAAAAACAAUACUCUGAAGAGGUAUUUAGUCAACAAUCAAAAAAGAUGUCCGAUAAUGAUAGUGAAAUCGAAGAAUUAAAUGAAGAUUUGUACGUUGGCAGUGGGCCUGUAGAGUUAAGUGGCGGUGGUGACGCUUUAGGUGUUUUAGAAAAAGAAAUAAAAAGUGAUUCCUUCUCGGAUUUUAAGGAUAAGAAGCAAAAUAAUGUCUCAGAAGAAAAAAUAGCGCAAAUAGCUGCUGAGUAUGAAGAAAAGUUAGAAAAUCUAAGAAAACAAUUACAAGAGGUGAAAGAAAAGUCUGGGCGUACAAUUUUAUUAAAAGCUGUAAAUCAGUUUUGUCAAACUGAGCAAAGCAGUACCGCGGCUGUGCAAGAAAGCUGUAACGAGCUGAACAAGCUGCGAGCGGACUACAAUCGGCAACUUGAGGAACAAGUGGGACUUGCGCGCAUCGACAUCAUCAAUGCUUUACAAGAGCAGAUUGAGGCUUUAAUCACUGUUGAGUCUGAGUCAGAUGAAAAUUGGCCUACGGAGUUAUUAGAGUUGCGAAAUAAAUUUACUAGUAAUACAAAGAGAGAAAUACAGGCUCUAAGAGAACGGCACGUACAAGAAAUCAAAUGCCUAAGAGAAGAGAGCAAUAAAAUUAUCAAUGGUCUUCACGAUGAAAUCAAAAUAAUCAAAGCUGAAACUCGUGAAUCUUUGCAGAGCAAUUUAAUUAAAGAAAGGGAUAUACUUCACAAAACUUGCGCAACACUCAAGGGUCUUGUCAGUCAGCUUAUAGGCUACUUUGCUGAUUGUGAAGAGGAGCUUAACAAUACUAUUAUCAGUGAAGUUCUUAAAAAGCAAUCAACGCCUCGAAUGGACAGCAGAUCAGUCUUUGAGUGUGAACAAAGUGCCGCAAAAAUCAAAAGGGUCCACUUUGCACCAAAAUCGAAUGAGAUUGCUUCUAUCGUCGGCAGUGAUACUGACCUGCAUGAUCUAAUCAAUAGUGAAAAGGAUGUCAUGAAAAUCUUGAAGAACGAGUUGGAGGCAUCCUUGCAACGACUCAGGGCUGAUAGUGCUAAGAUUUUAAACACGUCAUUCUCUGAUUCCGAAUCUUGGUCGACUGGGCUCGGUGACAGUCCAAGGGAUAAACUUAUUGAAGUCGAGAAAUUACUUGCCGCCUUCCAAGAAGAAAAUGAGCAUCUCAAAGUUAAGGUCAUUGAGUUGCAGCAGCGCGUAAUUAUGGCUGAAAAUAAAAAAGAAGUUAUCUCAGAGGGUUACGGUGAACAGGAUGAAUCGGUCCUUGAAGAAGUAGAAGAGGAUUUCUCACAGUUACAGGAUCGAGCCAAGUAUGUCGUAAUGAAUGGCUGUAACGAUACUGUGUAUCUUCUCCAACUGAUCGACGAGCUCUGUAGACACGCAGAUAAGAGCAUAGACGAUAUAAAGAGAGAAAAAGAGGACCUGCAACAUCAAGUCUCAUUAGUUCCUACUCCUACCCCAAACAUUCACAAGGUUCGCAAAGUUAAGAUCGAGGCGGCGGACAAGCAGUUGCGAUCGACGCGCAAGUUCCAGGAGGAGCAGGCAGUCGAGCGAGAGGCCGAGCGUGAAGAGGCCACCAAGCAGAUAAAGCAACUCCAGGAACGGCUGCGCGAGCUUGAGCGAGAAAAGGACCGAGACUAUCGAGAAUACUGCAUAGAUUCCGCAGAGUCUGCGCUAUCGCCUGCCUCGUCUUCCGCGGGCAGUUCUACGCUUCGACAGAUCGAUGAAUCAGAGAUCGAUGUAUCAGUGGAAACUCUUAAGAUGCAGAUGCACGAUCUGGAGACAAAGAAGUUGAAGACAGAGAGUGAGCUGGAGGCCGCGGUGGAAAAGAUUUGGGAGCUUCGCGAGGUCAUCCGCGAAUUGGAGCAACAGGUGACGGCGAGAGUUAAUCGUGAAGAUGUACUCAGUGGAAAGAUUAAGCAGCUCGAGGAGGUUGUCGUGGCCCAGACCAAGAACCAGGAAGAGCUUGUGCAGGAGCUUGAGGUCCUCAAGUCUGGCAACGACAAUAAUCAACUAAGCGAUCACAUUGGCCAUUUGCAGGAGGAAUUACGCAAGCAUCAGCUAAGCUCCGAACAGCUAACAGCCAAUUCUUCAGCUUUAAAACAACUCCGGUUAGAGAUUCGUGAGCUACAGUCUCAGCUAGACCGUAAAACUCGCGAGCUUGAAUCGAUGCAUGUGUGCGGCUCUAGCCUCAGUCUUAGUCAGCCCAGUGAGGAUGUGUCAAUCCGCGAACAGAUCGAUGCAGCCCGAUGCCCAACUCCAGACGAUCCGACCUCACCUCCAAUUUUACCGCUUGACCACGUGCUCAAGCUCAAAGAGACGUUGCUCAAGCAUUUUAGGGCCGAAGAUGUGGCGCUCAAAAGGUUAAAAGAUCUGGAUAUUCAGCUAUCUAGCCUUCAGAGGCAGAACGAAGAGCUACUUGCGGAGCAGGAAAUACUUCAGCAGACGACGUCGGAGCAGCUCUUCCAGAUCGAGACGCUGCGCGCUCGGCUGGAACAGCAAAAGCAGAACGCUCCGUUUGCCCAGCGUCAAGCGACCUCCAGGCUCGAGACGCAGCUGUACGAGAUUAACGACAGACUCGAGAUUACCGAACGCGCUCUCAAUGACAAGGAUAUAGAGCUGGCGGAAGUCAAAGAUCAGCUUGAGCGCGUUAGCCGUUUGUUAGCAGAGAAGGAAACCGAAAUCGCCAACGUCGUACAGUCGGAGAAUGACGUUCUUCAGAAGUUGAAAAAUAAGCUGGAAAUUCUGGAAGAAGAGAACCAUAUGAUGCAGGCAAAACUGAACAACCAAGAAAAAACACAGACGAAUAUGCCACAGCUGAUUGACACAAUGCUUACGGAUAAAAACAACGAAAUCGAUCAUCUCCGCGAGCAGUUAAUGCAGCGUGAGAAACAGCUUGAAGUCUACUUUUCAAUUGACGAAGCUCAGCUUCGUGAACUGCUGCGCCACAAUGAGCAUCAAAAGAAUAGCGCGCGAACCUUAAGCGACAUCCUUUCAAUUAAUUCCGAGUGUGAGGAAGUGGAGGCCAUUCGAGAAGCGCCGAAUUACACCAGACAGAACGUCUCAAAUUUCAAGAUUCCAAACUCAAUAAUACACUCAUCAGGUGCAUCCAAGAGAGAUGUUGUUGAUUUUUCACAAGGAAUAGUAGAUACACCCAAGGUGCCUAUGUUGGAACUGGACUCACACAGUCAGUGCUCCGAUGCCAUUGGUUCCAAUAACGAAAUUUCAAAGGACAUGGACAAUCUACAAAUGCAUCCUCACGAGCAAGUUUCUUUAGCUCGAGUCUCUCCGACUCCGGACACCGAUGCCGAAAAUCAAAAUGAAUCUACGGCAUCUGAAGAUCAUGAUGGGUUCGUCUGUCCUCGUCAUGGCAAGGUCAAUAAUAGUACUCGUAACGUCGAAGAAACAGUACUUAAUGAAACCAUCACCGUUCAGCGCAUCCAAGAACUCGAAGCUCAUCUUCACGAGAUCAAGGAAGAGCUAGGAGCCAAAAGUGUCGCAUUGAACCAGAGAGAUGCUGAACUUCUUGAGAUACAGAGCCAUCUCGAACAGUUGCAGGAAAAUAUUGAGUCUCUCAACGAGGAUAGAUUAUAUUACAAAUCAGAGUAUGAGAAAACGAAGGAAAGUGAGUUGAAGAUACAACGAGACCUGGAAGAAGUAGAAAACACUUUGAAAAAAAAGACUGAGGAACUCGAAGAUUUUAAGGAGAAAAUUCAGGUGAAUGAAAAAAUUCUGACUGAGGAGGCAAAACGGUGCAAGCGCAGUGAAGCAACUUUACAAGAAAAACUCAAAGAGAUCACUAACUUGAAGGAAAUCAUUUCGGAGAAAGACAUUACUAUUGAGACCCUUCAGGCACGCAAUACAGAAAUCGAUAAUGAAAAUAAGGAACUGUAUGAGUACAGACGAAAGCUUGAAUCCUACCAACAGGAAAUCACCGAAUGCCAAAAUGAGAUACAAAGGCUGAGCGAAGGAUUGAACAGCCGUGACCAAAUGAUUCGCAGGUUAGAGGAAAUGGCAAGGAGAAGUAGCUUGUCUGGAGGAUCAUCACCGAGCGAAAAAGAUCAGGAGAUUUUCCAUUUGCAAGAGUAUCUCAAGGAAAAAGACAAAGUCAUCCGACAGAUGAGUGACGAUAGCAAGAGCUUACAUCGAGCUCUUGAAACUAUUCAGAGCAAGAUGAAAGAAUCUGGUAAUGUUGUAGAACUCCGAAGAAAACUUAAAGAUGAGCGCAGGAGUAACGUUGAGUUAACAGAAGAGAUUGCCAAGUUGCGAACAGAAGUGGAAAUGUUAAGCAGUUCCAGGCGAGCCGAAGAGGAUAACGAUAUCGCAGAAAUGGUACAACGCGAGCUAAACUUGUCGGCGAGACUGGAUCAGCAGCUGCUCAAUGUCAUCGAUAGCGAACCAGAGGAUAGAAUGAAGAGAAUGAAGUGCAACGAUCUUAAGCAGGCUAAUAAAGAAAUCGAUGAACUUAAUAGGUUUAAGGAUGAUCUGGAGAUUGAGCGUGAGAUGCUGAGAUCUCAGAUUGCUGAAUAUGAAAAUAGAAUAAUGCAACUAAAGGGCGAUGCCGAAGAAGAAUCCCUGAGAAUUGCAAAAAUGGAAGAGGAACUUGCAAGAGAAAGACACUUAGUAAGGUCAUUGCAACUGCAAUUGCAAAGGGAAAAGAAUUCGGCAGAAGAAAACAAGGUUAGGGAUACCGAGUUAAUAAGCUUACUGAGGAUAAAACUAGACGAAGCAUUGGAAGUUAGAGACAGGCUUUUGAUGGAACAGAAGAGUCACGAGGUAAUGAACACCUUGAAAGAUCAAAAUAGAAAAGAUAUACCAGAUUUUGGAACCGAGUUUGUAGAUUUUGAGAAGCAAAGAUUAGAACUCGCGAAAAAACUAGAGGCAGAACAACAUAAGUACGCAGAAGCCCAAGAAAUCAUUAAGAAAUUAGAAUCCGAGAAAGAUCGUAUUCAGAAACAAUACGAACUUGCCGAAGCAGAAAUUGAGAAGCUGACGAGUAGUUUAGAUCUGGCAGAUUGUGUCAAGGAUCAAAUGAAAUCAGACUUGCGCAAAGCUAGGGAAGAGCUUAAAGCUAAGAACAAAGAAUGCGACUGGCAAAAGUCGAUCCUUAAAACCAUGAGCGAAGCUGAUAGCAAGAGAAACCAGCAAAGAACCAGUGAUCAUUCCGAGUUGAAAAACCUUAGAAGAGAACUUAAGAAUGCCCAAGAAGUCAUUAAUGACUUUGAAGCUGAUAUGAAAACCCUAAAGGAGCAACUGUCUGAAUCUGCUGAGCGCGAAGCACAAUUGAGUCGUUGCAUUGAGACUUUGACGGACAAAGAGACUGAACUCACGGAGCAGCUCAGCGCCGCUAAGGCUGAAGACAAAAAGUUAAGGGAUAUUAUAGCGGACCAGCAAAACGAACUACAAUUGUAUCUUAGAAGAGAGAUCGAACUUUCUGAAGAACUAAAAAGGGAGCGGCUGUCUCCAAAUAAAAAUAACUCACCUAGUAAAGUAUUGCAGAGAGUAAAGGAUCUUAAUUCUACAAUUGAAAGACUAUCACAAGAGAAGGUACAUUUGUAUGAGAAAAUAUCGCAUCUACGAGAGGAAAAUGAGAGAUAUCUAGAUCAAAUAAGGUUCUUAGAAACUCAGCUCUCGCUAAAGAACAAGGGUUAUUCAAAUGCUGUGAGCAGAAAUGAUACCGAAGAAAAAUUGCAACACUUCUACGGUAAGUACUUGCGUUCUGAUAGUCGCCGUAAGGCCCUGAUAUACCAGAAGCACUAUCUGGUCUGCAUAAUUGCGGGCUACCAGCUCCUAGAAGAGAAUACCUUCGCCUUCCUUGCUCAACUAACACAGACACAGCGCACAUACGCACGUCGUGGUAUGCACAGGCAUCAUGCUCGUGUCAGAUUCCGUAGUGCAGUAUUGGUGGUUAUCAGCCUUCAGCGGAUGAAAUGGCUGAUAUUACGAUGGAGAACAGGACGAAGAGUUGGUGCAAACGUCGUUUUGGGAAACAUAGAGAGACCGGCCAUUACACAACCUAUUAGACAUAGGAGCGCGGGAGCGAUGACAGGACACUCACCGCCAGUUAAAGAAAGAGCUACCACAAAAAUUUGCUUUCAGUGGAACUAGUGCAUUUUCGCACGAUCCCUACUUUCGUCGUUUGACCGACAUUCAGCAGAGUCUGCACCUGCGAGUACCUGAAUCAAGCACUGACAAUUUCAAAUCGGAUUGAAGGUGCUUCAAACUUGAAGCGUAUCAAGUCGUGGAUUCGAUUCGACUUAUAAUAAAAACUUGACUUGAAUUGCGUGUAAAUAAGUGUAUGAUACUACGAAGCAUGUUAUUAUUGAUUUUUAUCUGCGAAUGACUUGUGUAAUUUUAAAGUGAGACAAAGGCUAAGAUGAAGAGGCAUAUUAAAAGAACAUCGCUCUGCUAAAUUAUCAAACCAAAGUUUAAUUUUAGCAUAAUUUAAUAAUAAAACGUUUUGUAUCUUGUCAGUGCAAAUAAUUCUUCGUUACCAGGCUAAGCGAAGUAACAUAGUGCCUUUUUAAUACCUGUGAAUUUACAUUGUUGUGAAUGGCGUGUGUUUUUUAUUGAUAAAUAAAGUGCCCCUUUUCGAGAAAA